AUGUUUCUCAAGGUUCGAGCUAACGAGAAAUUUCUUGACCUCCAUUCAACGACUGGGCUUCAUGACUGGGACAUGAACGAGGAGAUUCACCUGAGCACCACAACAGACCAGUUUUCUCAGGAUGAAGAUGGUAAUGAGCAGUAUUUGGCGCUGUGGCAUUACUCCAGAGUGUCAAGAAGAACUUUAACUGAAGAGCUUCAUCAGUCAAAUCCUGCUGAGUGUAAAGAAUCUGAAAUACAGCCAAAUCUGUGGUUGAUGGUGAACCCCUGUCUGGUCUGCCCUCUCAAAUACCCUGUUCGAGACAAAAAGCCAUCGCCUCCAAAACUAACAAUAGACAGAUCUGUGUCAGGUCCUGCCCUGGCUGUGCCUGGACAAAACCUGCACCUGCUGUCAUUGUCUGAUGAAACCUGUCUGGAUGAAUCGCUGCAUGACGCGUCUCUCUCGAGUGAAUAUCAGCUCACAGAUGAUGACGCAUCCUCGGAGGACGUGGCAAUCUGCCAUAAGGUGAAAGGUACUCGGAGGGGUCGAGCCCCCAAGGAGCCGUCAUCACGCAGGCUGGGUCUGGCUCAGAGCAGGAGGCUGCAGAGAGUCCUGCAGGACAGCCACAACCUAAAGAGUGGUGCCUGGCCUCGGCCACCCGUCAACUACUGCGUCCUCAUAGCCAUGGCACUGAGCAGCAGUCGCGCUGGCAGUCUAAACGUCCAGCAGAUCUACAACUUUACCAGGGAGCAUUUCCCCUUCUUCCUAACGGCACCUGAUGGCUGGAAAAACACCAUUCGCCACAACCUGUGUUUCAGCAACAGCUUCAGAAAGACGCCGCAGCAGGUGACUAGUGACGGGAAGAGGAAGUCCUGCCUGUGGCACCUGACACUGGAUGGUCGGAGAAGAUUGAGGAAUGAGAUCCACACACUUACAGCAGACUCUGUCAGAAUGCUGAAGAGGAGCAUGAACUACCCAGAUAUGAUUCAAGCACUGUUCGAGUUGUAG